AUGACGGCCCCCGCUUCACUUGCAAGCGCCGCGCCUUCUGAAAAGGUCGACGCUGCGUCUGUCUCUCUUCUGCCUCGAGCUUCAGGCGAGGGCGAAAGCCGUCCGACCGAAGAGAGGAAAGAGCCGACGGCGAGCGGAGAAACCGUCAAUGGAGAACUGAAGCCUUCAGAACAGGCCGGGGAGGUUGCGAGCCCACGCCACGGCCCACCGCCCCGUCUCUCGUGUGCGGCGCCUCGUCUCUCGGCCUUGCCUUCGCACCUUUUCUCGUCUGAGCAGAGGGCGAAGGUCGAAGCGCUCCGGCGCCUGAUCGACAGCCUCUCGAUCGAGGCGGCGAGCGCAGCUUCGUUGACCUCGCAGGACGGCGUGGGCGAGAGCCCAGCGCCUGGAGAGGAGACGCCGGCGCGUGCAUCUUCUUCCUCCUGGUUCUCCUGGAGCUCGCCCCUGUCCUUCGGGUCGGCGGACAAGAGCGAGGCGGCAGGCGCGAAAGAGAAGGUGCCGGAAGUGACUGGACUCCAGUGGGACGAGCUUCUGUGGCUAGACGAUCUCCUCCUCUCGCGAUACUUGCGGAGCUACGGAUGGGAAGUCGAGGAAGCACACAAGCAGCUGCUUAGGACGCUCGCCUGGAGAAGAGAGCGGAAGCCGCACUGCAUUGCUCCCGACGACGUCAUUGAGAUCGCCCGGAAGGGCAGUAUCUACCGCCGAGGCUUCGACUCCACAGGACGGGCUAUGAUCUACUUCAAGCCCGGCCGGGACCCAGGCACGUCGUCGGCCUCGUCUCAGCAGCACAUUCUGUACACCGUGGAACGUGCACUGCAGAGCGUCGAUCGCAUGCAGGGGCAUGACCAGCUGGUGUUUUUGAUUGAUUUCAACGGAUGGGGGAUCUCGCAGAUUCCAAACACCGACGUCUCGACGGAGAUUGUCUCGAUCCUGAAUGACCACUACACAGACGUCCUCGCCGAGGCAUACAUUGUCGACGCGCCUAGCUACUUCGACGCCAUCUGGCGCCUGGUCUCGCUCAUGGUGCACCCCGACACGGCAAAGAAGGUUCUCUUCCUCAGCACGAAGAAUCCGGAACACGUGGCGACGCUCCGAAACAAAAUCCCGCCGAUCUUCCUCGAGACUUGCGUCGGCGGCGACUGCGAGCUCGACUACGAGCACAACGCGUACUGGGAAGAAGAAAGGAGACAGUUCGAUGUGGUCACUCGGGCCCGUCAGAAGGCCCUCGAGAGACUCCAGGCGGACGAGACGCUUCAGAAGAGAGUGAAGAAGUCGGAAUCGGAACUCCCCGAGAACGCAAAGCGCGAAGCGUGA